AUGACGAGAGAAGAAAUGUACAAAGCCAAGAACCGGACGCUCGCGAUGUAUACUUCUGCUGUGAUCAUCGCAGCAGUCGGCGUAACCUAUGCCGCUGUCCCCCUGUAUCGAAUGUUUUGCGCAGCGACCGGAUUUGCUGGUACACCAAAAGUCGGGACAGGACGGUUCGAGUCCUCGCGCCUAGUUCCCGUCGAUGGUGCGAAACGGAUCAAAGUCCAUUUCAAUGCGGAUAAGUCGGGGGCGCUCCCCUGGACCUUUACUCCUCAACAGAAGUUUGUGAGCGUCCUGCCCGGGGAGUCGAGUUUGGCGUUUUAUAGUGCAAAGAAUACGAGCGACCAAGACAUCAUCGGUAUUGCUACGUACAACGUCACACCUGAUAGGGUUGCGCCUUAUUUCUCCAAAGUAGAAUGUUUUUGUUUCGAAGAGCAAAAGCUGCUCGCCGGAGAGGAAGUUGACAUGCCACUACUCUUCUUCAUAGACAAAGACAUUCUUGAUGAUCCUGCAUGUCGAAACGUAGACGACGUAGUAUUGUCUUACACAUUCUUUCGAGCGCGUCGGAAUCGUCAAGGGCACCUCGAACCGGAUGCUCCUGAGGACGUAGUCCAGCAAUCGCUGGGUUUUGACAAGUAUGAGCAUGGGCCCAAACAUGAGGGCACCAAUGAAUCUGUAGAAAACAAAUAG